CAAAAACAGUGUCACGCUUUUUUUCCUCAGUCCUGUUCCCUCCCUCCUGCUGCCUUGUUCGCCCCACCGUCCACCAAAACGCCCAGCAGGUCGCCUUCAGCCAGUGAGAUCCCUGAAUCAUUGGAUUCCUGAUGUGCUGGCAACAACUGGGAAUCACUUUUGAGCACUUUGCUGCUUCGCCUCUGCAGUAAUCAGGGUCAUCAUAUUCCACUCACACUAAAUCUUCACUGGAGAUAUCUGUAAGUUUCUGAUGAGUCUCUGCACUGCCUGAGAGACAGAGACAUGGAUGCUUUUGAGGGAAUUCACAGCGUCCAGAUUUCCUCCUCCCCGCCGUCUUCAACUUCACUGGGCAAGGGAUAUGAAGUUCUCAAGGCGGGGAGAUCUGGAGUAGCAGUGUACUCCUCAACAGUCUUCUUUGGGACAACUGAUGCAGCGUCCAGACACAAAUCCAGCAGGGAAUCUGAGGAGCAGGGCUGCGUUGUUGGACGAUUGGUAGAUCUGGAUCCAGAGCCAGAGUCCAGAGUGGAGGGAGGAGGGCAGGCGGUGCCCACCUCAGCCAGAGAGCAUGGCGACCUCUCCCGGCUCCGCAGCUCCUCACUGGAAAUCAGAGAAAAAGAAAUCCGAGAAAAGGGCUCAGAGAUCCUUAGGGAACAGCUGGACGCUGCGAAGAGGGAACUGAAACUGAAAGACAAGGAGUGUGAGCGUCUGUCGCAGGUCAGGAAUCAGCUGGAGCAGGAGCUGGAGGAGCUGACGGCCAGUCUGUUUGAGGAAGCUCACAAGAUGGUGCGUGAAGCGAACGUCAAACAAGCAGCAGCAGAAAAACAGCUGAAGGAGGCUCAGGGGAAGAUUGACGUUCUGCAGGCAGAGGUGACAGCGCUCAAGACUCUGGUGUUGACAUCCACGCCCUCUUCACCAAACCGCCAGCUGCACCCACAGCUGCAACCUUCGGGAACCAGGGGGGCGUACAAACACGUUGGGGGACACAUCCGCAACAAGAGCGCGAGUGGUGCAUUUCCGUCCUCGACUGGAAAACCAGAACCUUCGUCAGUUUCUGUUCAGCCUGCGGCCAAAGAAGACAGAGAGCCUGCUGUUCCUGCUCUCCUCUCUCUGAUUCUCUGCCUGGUUCCUGGACAGUCUGUCAGUGUGAGCUAUGACUCUUACUGGCAGGAGCAGGGAGAGGGUCUUGGCACUGGCAGCAGGCAGAUGGACUCGGUUCUGUAUGCAGAGUUUCUGAUGUGGAGGGAACAUCCGAGUCUAGACCGCUCCUCCGCCUUCCUGAGUCGUAUCUACAGAGAAGACAUCGGACCCUGUCUCUCCUUCACAAGAUCUGAGCUGUCCCAGCUGGUACAGAGCGCAGUGGAAAACAACUCUCUGACGAUCGAGCCUGUGGCCAUGUCAGCGUUACCGAUGGUUAAAGCCUCAGCUAUAGAGUGUGGAGGCCCUAAUGGCUUUAGGGCAGCAAUAGAGACAAAAUGUGCGUUAAGCGGCGUGUCGCGACUCUGUCGACAUCGCAUUAAACUUGGCGACAAGGGGAGCUACUACUACAUCUCUCCUUCCAGCCGAGCACGGAUCACAGCAGUUUGCAAUUUUUUUACUUAUAUCCGCUACAUCCAGCAGGGCCUGGUGAGACAUGACGCGGAGCAGAUGUUCUGGGAGGUGAUGCGACUCCGAAGAGAGAUGACUGUGGCCAAGUUAGGUUUCUACCUCACUGACCAGGGCUAGAGGACCGGACAGUGACCCGACAGGACGAGUGCGAUUCCAGGACCUCGACUAUUCAGACGACUCUGGGUUAAACUGUGGUAACAAACAGGUCUUUUCAGUUUCAGUUUUUGUAGCAGAGGUUGUGCUGAAUUAGUGCUGCAGCAGAGGUCAACCAACAAGGGAAGCAGAAAAUGUUCUAGUGCCACUUAUAUGCAAUAAGACAAUUAAAACUGAACCAGCACAGCUAGAGAGAGAUAGAAAUAACAUAUUUUUAAAGAUAGUGUUUCUCCCUGAUAUAUAAAAUAUUUUUCUCUGUUACGCUGCAGGCCUCCAGUAAUUCUCUCCACUAGUUAUGGAGAAUAGUUUGUUUUUUUAUCUUGUGAGCUCUGAACCUCCCCAGCGGAGUACACAACAACUUCUCACAUUAACACAAUAGAUUGUAUGUAUUGUGUUUCAGGCAUUAGUCUGUUGGAAAGACGAGGACAGGAUGAGAGCAGUCUAGAGAGUUUAGUUGGUCUCUUACCUCAAGUAUUACAUAGUUAGAUAACUGUAUGUGUAAGAUGUAAGAUAUGUAAGAUUGACAGCAUCCAUAGACUAAUGAUUUGGGUUGUUUUAUUUUUACAUGCGUGAAAUGCUCAUUAGCAUGUCUUAGUUACAUUCAGUUAUCAGCUCAAACACCACAGCCAAGUAUUUCUGUCUCAGCAUGGCCUUAAUUUUGUUGACGCACUCUUGCACUACCUGUUCUAGAGGCCUUGUAUAAAAACACAGAUGAAACGGCUGCAGCCGCUUUUAAGAAAAACUGUUUCACAAAUAGCCUGUAUUUACUAAUCAGUAAUAUUGUCAAUGAAUUCAUUAUUAUACCUCCACAUUCAAAAUAAUGACAGCUUUACGAUGUAAACAGAAGAUAAACAUGCUUUAAUACAAGUGAUUGCAAUAUGCACAAAUGUUUCAACUGUAGUUUUGCACGUCUGCAAUGAACAGUCUGUAAAAAGCCAUAAAUGACUUUGCAUGAAUGUAGUACAUAGCCAUAUUAUGCAGUGUAUAUUGGUUGUACCUCACAGUAAAGAUGUAUUACUAUUAAUGACCAAUUUUUACAGGAAACAGUCUUUUGAAGGUAAAAAAAAAUGAAGAAUAUUGUGUCAGAAAGUGCAAUAACUGCUUCUUAGCCUUACCUAGGGCUUUGAGGUUCCUAACCUCAGUGUGCUGAUAAUUAACUGUCUUCCAGUAUAAAUACUCCAUUAAAAACAAGACAUUGUAGCCUGUCA